AACUGCUCCUACACCAGCCGCCUCAAUGCCAGCCGUCAGGACCAUGCCAGCCAUCCCAUCAACGCCAGCCAUCCUGACUACACAAGCCAUCCCGUCAAUGCCUACCAUUACGUCUACGCCAGCCAUCUCAUCAACGCCAGCCGUCACCACUAUGUUAGCCAUCCCAUCAACGCCAGCUGUCACACUUACGCCAGCCAUCCCGUCAACGUCAGCGGUCACCACUACGGCAGCCAUCCCGUCAUCGCCAGCCGUCAGGACUACGCCAGCCAUCCCGUCGUCGCCAGCCGUCAGGACUACGCCAGCUGUCAGGACUAUGCCAGCUCUCCCGUCAACGCCAGCCGUUACGACUACGCCAGCCAUCCUGUCAACGCCAGCCGUCAGGACUCCGCCCGCCAUCCUGUCAACGCCAGCCGUCAGGACUACGCCAGCCAUCCCGUCAUCGCCAGCCGUCAGGACUACGCCAGCCGUCAGGACUACGCCAGCUGUCAGGACUAUGCCAGCUCUCCCGUCAACGCCAGCCGUCAUGACUACGCCAGCCAUCCUGUCAACGCCAGCCAUCAGGACUACGCCAGCUGUUGAGAUUGACAACGAUUUCCAGAUUGACAUUCCAGAAAUUCAGAGUGAUUCCCUAUAUGAGCCAGCUGGGACACCCACAGUUCUCUUUCGACGUCAACAGACUUUCCUUGACAUAGCCAGAGACAUUGACCAGCCUGCUGACCAGACAACCAACCAGUCAUCAGCCGUUCUGAAUGAGUACAUCCCUGCGGUUCAAACAGCACAACCCAUUCCACCAAGCCGUAUAACAGAUACUGCCAGAGAGCAGCUCAAACAACAAGCGAGCAUGUGCAUCACUGGUCCCAUUACAGAUCCUUUGCUCCUGGAGGUGAGACGUAACCACGUCAUGAAAGACGCCCUAGGCACCUUACGGUACUCACCGAGUGACCUCAGCAGCAAACUGCAGAUCAAGUUCAUUGGUGAGGCCGGUGUUGAUCUCGGUGGUCUCCGUCGCGAGUUCUUCUCCCUCCUUGCAUACCAGUUCAGCCAUUCAGCGCUUACAUCAGGUUCUCCCGGGCGCCUCACAUUAAGAAAGAACUUUGUGGAGCGUGAGAAGAACACCUUCUUCUACCUUGGUCAGCUUGUGGCUCUCUCCAUUCUUCAAGAUGGUCCAGGUCUGCCAGUGUUUGCCGACUGUGUGGUCAACAAGAUACUCAACAUCACAAAUGGUGUCAAUCCAAAUGACCUCAAUCCAGACUUGGUGAAAACACUUGAAGAGAUGACAGAUGCUUCGACUGACCGUGAGCUCCAGGACCUUUAUUUUAGCAUCUAUGACGAGCGAGAGGCAGCAGGGUUUAUCCUGCCAUCUAACAUCUUCAAGAAGGACCACAUCCCCCUCCUGCAGUCGGCCCUUGUUAACAACAUGGUGUUGAACUGCAGAGAUGAACUGGACCAGUUCAUUGAAGGUCUACAAACUCAUGAUGUUCUGACCAUAGUGAGACAGGAGAAGUUGACCUGUCUAUUCAGUGGUGGUAAGCCGCCAGUCACUGUUGCCGAUGUAAGAGGUCUGAUGAACUUUAAAUAUCGCGAAGAUAUCAACCGGGAGGCUGACCGGGAAACUGGCCAGCAGUUUGUUCGGUUCCUUCAGGCGACAAAGGGUGAUGGCGCCACCAUCAACGGCAUUACCCUGAAGCCGAAGGAUGUCCUCAUGUGGAUGUCGGGUUCAACAGAAAUCCCAGCUGUGGGUUUCCACAAGCAGAUUGACAUUGAGUUUGGUGGCGAGGAAAGGGUCAACACUUGUGCACUUUGUGUUACGUUAAAGCAUCUGACGCCUGCUGUUGAGGACCCUGUUUUGUAUUUUACAGAGCGUUUGAUAAACUCAUCAACAUUCGGUGAUAUGUGAUAUUUCUUUAUGUUAUGGAGAUAAGAUCUAAUGUUGAUGAGUUUAUCAAUCGCUCUGUAAAAUACAAGACAAAACUCCUCACCAAACUCGAUGUCUAUUUGCUUGUGGAAAUAAAAAAAACAAAAAAAAACGUUUUUGUAUUACUGUUUUUAAGUGUUUUGUAAAUAUUGUAUAAAUAUAUACUGGAGUUAAACAAUUUGUUCAUUAACUAAAGUUGCUGAGCCACAGUUAUCAACAUGUUUCCAAAUAUAGUUUUUCCGUAUUACUUUAGCAAUAUUGUAUUAGUAAACAAGCUUUAAAAAGUUAUGCACAUGUGCCGACUUUCAAAAAAAGUUCUUGCGAACAUAAAUAUUAAACCAGGGCCCGUAUUCAUCAACCAAUUCUUAGACUUAAGUCUAAGAAUAAAGAAUAUUCUUUAAAUAGGAUUAUUAAAAAAUUGCUUUAAUAUUAAGUCAAACUUGACAUUAACUGUCUCUAUCUAAUUCAUUCGUAAUGAAGAAAUUUCCUUUACGGACAUAACCAUCACUGGUUGCCUGUAUGUUUUCAAACCAUGGGCAUAAUUUUCUUGGUUCAAAGUAUAUUCUUAAGUCUAAGAAUGGGUUGGUGAAUACGGGCCCAGAAUGGUACAGGAUCUGUAACUUACCUAAUGUAUAUUUUUUUUCUAUUAGUUUGAGAAUUGAGAUUGUGUCUAUUAGUUUUAGACUUGACAUUGUGUCUAUUAGUUUUAGACUUGACAUUGUGUCUAUUAGUUUUUGAGAUUGUUAUCAAAAUAAACUGUUGCUCUUGAA